ACAACAUAUGUAUGUGUGUGUGUGUGUGUGUGUGUGUGUGUGUGUGUGUGUGUGUGUGUGUGUGUGUGUUAUGUAAACCCCAAAAAUUGUAUUUUAGAAACUAAGAAGAUAUUCUCAAAAGAAAAAAAAACUCGAAAUUUGAAAAUAGCACUUAAUUAUAUUAUAAUUUUAACCUUAGACGUAGAAAAUUAUAACUUCAGAAUUUUCCUCUUAUUUUUAGAGUAUAUCUUUGGUUCUUAGAAUACAAUUUUUUCAGUGUACGUGUUUUAAUACUGCAAAAGAAUCUCUCAAAAGUUUUAAAUAUAAAGUCUUAAAACCGCUUAUAAUAUAAUAUUCUACUUCCAGAAAUUCUGCUUUAUUUUAUCAAAACGCAUUUAAUUAUCGUGUCUUGUUGAUAUAAUAAAACUAAUUUUUUCGGUACUUAAAUAAUAUUGUGUUUGUAUAAGUCAACGAAAUACACAACAUUCUCUAUGAUAACAGGUACAAUUUCAUUCUUACUUCAGUGACAUCACUUUGAAGAUUUUAAACAAUCGCUGCAAAUUAAGCUUUGCGAUUGAUGUUAACAAGCGAAUUAUAUCUCUGGAUAAAGUAAACACAAUUUACUUAUAAGUGCUCAAAAAGCAAGCUUUGUGCGAAAAGUAAACUACAUUCACGACAUUUGAUUCAGCGCAUUGUGAUUACGUACUGUUCAUGUGACUAUUGAUUAUUAUCCCUUGAAAGGGUUAACAAAAGUACUCACAGAUGGUAGCGGUUCGAUCUUACUGAGCAAGCGCAAAUUCAUAGCAGUUUGAUAUAAUCACAAAGAACGAUUCAGUUAAAAGAUAAUUUUUGCUCCGUGAACUGCAAUGAACGUCAACAAAGAUUUAAAUUACGCCUUUGCGCUGAGUCGCCAAUGUUUACGGAUAUUAGGCGUAUGGCCCGAUCCACUUGUGUCUUUGAGUGAAUUUCAGCGUCCAAACAUAAGAUUCAUAGUUGUUACGUGUAUCCUAAGCCUUUACGUAUUCGUGCCGCAAAUGACAAAUGUGAUUCUUGCAUGGGGUAAUGUGUCUCGGAUGGUGGAAUAUCUCUCUUCCGCGAAUUAUAGCUUAAUGGCACUGUGCAAGUUAUUCGGUACUUGGUACUACGGUAAAGCACUUCGAACCGUGAUGGCAUCAGUCAUAACUGACUGGACAACUUCGAAAAACCAAGAACGAACCAUAAUGUUAAAUAUAGCAAGACGUGGCAGAAUCUUAUCUUUUAGAUGUUAUGCGAGCAUGUUGUGUACAGUAUUGGUUUAUAUAUUUUUCAACAUCCUGAAAUUCAUUCGAAGUAUAUCACAAACUCAACGGAGUCUCGUGUUUCGAUUUAUCUUACCUUACAACAUUCAAAAGAGUCCAAAUUACGAAAUUACAUUUUUCAUUCAACUUUCCGGUGGUGCGUACACAGGUAUGAUCAACUCUACUGUUGACAGUUACAUCUCGAUACUUCUGUUACACAUAUGCGCGCAACUGAUAAAUCUACGAACAUCGCUCAACAAUUUGGUCGACGAAUUAGCCGAAGGAUCUAUAUCAUCUUCAAUAUUUAAAAAAGGAUUAGCUGCGAUCACUACACGUCACGAACAUCUUAUCAGGAACACAAAGACAAUCAAUGACUGUUAUAGCUCGGUAUUAUUGGUGCACAUGUUAGCCGCUACUUUUCAGUUGUGUUUUGAAAGCUUUCAAGUUUUCACGAUAAUAACAAGCAAUAUGGAUGUAUCCAUUCUCAAAUUAGCUUUUCUCUCAUUUUAUUUAGUCCUAGUAUUGACGCAUUUAUAUAUUUAUUGUUAUUCAGCUGAAAGACUUUCAACGGAGAGUACGAAUAUGGCGUAUGGCGUGUAUGAAUGCAAGUGGUAUGAUAUAUCAUCAAAAGACGCGAAGAAUUUAAUGUUCAUAGUACAUCGAUCUACAGUUCCGCUUAAAUUGACAGCUGGAAAAUUUGGAACUUUCUCAUUAGAAAUGUUUGGAACGACGAUGAAAACGUCAAUGGGAUACCUAUCUGCAUUGUUGACGUUGAUGGAUUAGAAAAAAAAAUUUUUGAAAUACUGAAUUAAAUAGGCGUACUUGUUUGUUAUCUAUAUUCUAUAUAACGUGUUAACAGCUUUAUAUGUAUAAUCUGUAACAGAUUUUCUCUAGAUUAAUGCAACCUUUGUGCAAUAA